AUGGUCUGCACAGAACGGGCGAAAAAGUGCCAAUGUGUGGCCACAAUGAAGCGUGAAGUGGGCCCCGUCCUGUGUCCCAAGCCGAACUUCAACGUGUCCUCCUGCCGUAAUAAGCAAAUUACAGUCAUCACAACCAGCUACGACGUCAAGAACUGCACUUGCAUCAGACGCGUCUCGAAGAGGACUCAGGCCUGUAAGGGCUGUAAAGACCUGGGGGAGGUGAAGACUUGCCGGGAGCUGAUGAAGGCGGGAAAAUGUGGCGACAUUGAGACAAGCAAAGCAUGUCCGGUCACUUGUGGCAUGUGCGGGAGUAAGUUAAGAGCCCUAGAAUUCGCUGGGAGGGUACUUUUGAGGCUGAUGCGAUUUGAAAAAUAG